UCAUACACUCUUUGUGAAAACGCGGAGUUCUGUUGUCAACCUUCGGGUGCAGAAGGCGUCGCACAGUGUCCGCUAUUUUCCUGUAGUCUUCUGACUAACGCACUUGGCGCUGAUUAAGAAGAGAAACAGCUAUUCUUACAGCCUAUUCUUUCUUUUGUCUAUCUGUUUAACUAAGUUUAUCAGAGACAGAGACGCGCGUCUGAAAUUAAUUCAGAAAGACUUGAAAAAGAUAAAGAACAUCUAACCACCUCAGUGUUCCUGCUGCUAAAUAGUCCCACGUACACUUCUGAAAAUGUCUGGCGAAGACGCACCAGCUCAGCAGCAAAACGCCGAAGAGCAGAAAAACCAGGAGACAAAAAAACCCGCUGAGGAGCCGAAAGCGGAGACCAAGCCAGACUCUCCGCCCGCCAGCGCCGCUACUGAGGCUGCAGCCGCCCCAGCAGCGGCCGAGAAGGCGCCAGAGGAGGAGGCUUUCACCUACAGGUCCCUGGUCCUGACUGGGUAUGGCGGUUACGAUAAAGUUAAGCUGCAGGUGAAGAAGGGGAAACCGGCCCUGAAGGCCGGCGAGGUAAUGGUGCGGGUGAAGAUGUGCGGGCUCAACUUCGCCGAUCUUAUGGCUCGCCAAGGGCUGUACGACCGGCUCCCGUCCCCGCCCGUUACGCCUGGGAUGGAGUGCUCUGGGAUAAUCGAGGCUGUGGGGGAAGAAGUGACGGAUAGGAAAGUGGGCGAUAAGGUGCUGGCCCUGAGCCGCUGUGGGAUGUGGCAGGAGGUGGUGGUGGUGCCCACCACACACACCUUCAUCAUGCCCGAGGGGAUGAGCUUUGAGGAGGCCGCAGCCCUGCCUGUCAACUACAUCACUGCCUACAUGAUGCUGUUCGACUUCGGACACCUGCGCCCCAACCAGAGUGUGCUCGUCCAUAUGGCUGCAGGUGGGGUGGGGAUCGCUGCCACCCAGAUGUGCCGUACGGUGAAGGACGUGACUGUGUUCGGCACGGCGUCAGCCAGCAAGCAUGAGGUCAUCACCGAGGGCGGUGUCACGCACGCCAUCGACUACCGGACAAAGGACUACGUGGAAGAGGUCCGCAAGAUCAGCCCUAAAGGGUUGGAUAUCGUGCUGGAUCCUCUGGGAGGCUCUGACACCCAUAAGGGCUACAACCUUCUGAAACCUAUGGGCAAACUCAUCAGCUACGGUGCUGCCAACAUGCUGUCAGGGCAGAAGAAGAACCUAAUCGCCGUGGCCAAGACCUGGUACCACCAGUUCUCCGUGCACAGCCUGAGCCUGAUCCAGGGCAACCGCUCGGUGUGCGGCUUCCACUUGGGCUACUUGGACACGGAGACAGAGCUCAUCGCCCAGGCCAUGGACUCCAUUCUGGGCCUGUACCGCCAGGGCAAGGUCAAGCCCCGCAUCGACUCCACCUUCCACCUCGAGCAGGUCGGCGAUGCCAUGCGCAAGAUGCAGGAGAGGAACAACAUCGGCAAAAUCGUCCUGACCACCGAGCCCAUGAAGGAGGAGGAGAAGAAGGAGGAGGCCAAGAAGGACGACAAGAAAGACGACAAGAAAAAGGACGACAAGAAGAAGGACGACAAGAAGAAGGAGGAAGGAAAGAAGGAGGAGAAGAAGAAGGAGGAGGGAAAGAAAGAAGAGAAGAAAGAGGAGAAGAAGGAGGAGAAGAAAGAGGAGAAGAAGGAAGAGAAGAAGGAAGAGAAGAAGGAGGAGAAGAAAGAGGAGAAGAAAGAGGAGGCUAAGAAAGCAGAAAAUUGAGGAAGAGUCACUUAGUUGGAUAGUUAGGCAGACGAGUAGGGGAGGGGGUAGAGAUAUUGUAUGUGUGUUUAUGCACAUGUUUGUGUAUGGGGGCGUGUUUGUAUGUAUGUAUGUAUGUAUAUGUAUGUAUGUGUGCAUAACUUUGGUAUGCCUGUGUGUGUGUGUGUGUGUGUGUGUGUG